GGGCGGCCCGCGCGGGAGCUCGGCGUUGGCUGCGCGCGGGAAGGCGGUAGGCGCGUGGCGGCUGCGUGACCGCGGUGCCGCUCGGCGCCAUGCCGGCCCAGAACGUGGCGAGCGGCGGCGAGCCGCCGGGAGCCGAGAUGGGGGAGCAGGAGGUGGUGAUCACGCCGGCCAUGCUGGCCGAGGAGGAGCAGCUGGAGGCGGCGGGGCUGGAGAAGGAGCGGCAGAUGCUGGAGAAGGCUCGCAGUGCUUGGGACAGGGAGUCAAGUGAAAUGCGCUAUAAGAGGCUUCAACACCUGCUUGAGAAAAGCAACAUUUAUUCCAAGUUCUUGCUAACUAAAAUGGAGCAGCAGCAACUGGAGGAACAGAAAAGGAAAGAGAAGUUAGAAAAAAAGAGGGAGAUGAUGUUAAAAUCUGCCAAGAAUCAAAGUCCAGCUGAUGGAAAAGAAGAGAAAUCAGCUACAAAAAAGAAGAGAGGUAGAGAUGACGGAACAUACAACAUCUCAGAAAUUAUGUCCAAAGAGGAAAUCCUAUCAGUGGCAAAAAAAAGUAAAGUGGAAAAUCAGGAUGAAAGCUCUGCUGACAACCUGUGUCCAGAAGACCUGCAGAAAAAUGGGGACUCAAAUAGUGUCAUUAAGGAUAGAUUGUGUCAAGCUGUACGACACAGUGCCAAGCAAUUCCUUGAUCCAGUGCGGAAAUUUAAUGGACAACCAGUGCCUUUUCAGCAACCAAAGAUUUUUACUGGAGGUGUAAUGAGGUGGUACCAAGUGGAAGGCAUGGAGUGGCUAAGGAUGCUUUGGGAAAAUGGUAUCAAUGGCAUUUUAGCUGAUGAGAUGGGGUUGGGAAAGACAAUCCAGUGUAUUGCAACGAUAGCACUCAUGGUGGAGAGAGGAGUCCCUGGUCCCUUCUUAGUAUGUGGCCCUUUGUCCACGCUUCCAAAUUGGAUGUCUGAAUUCAAGAGAUUUACUCCAGAGAUUCCGCUAAUGCUGUAUCAUGGAGCUCAGCAGGAGCGUCGUAAACUGGUUCGUAAAAUUCACGGGCGACAAGGAUCACUGAAAAUCCAUCCUGUGGUCAUUACUUCUUUUGAAAUUGCAAUGCGGGACAGAAAUGCCUUGCAGAGCUGCUUCUGGAAAUAUUUGAUAGUAGAUGAAGGUCACAGGAUUAAAAAUAUGAACUGUCGUCUUAUCAGAGAACUGAAACGGUUUAAUGCAGACAACAAACUGCUGUUGACUGGUACCCCCUUGCAAAACAACUUGGCAGAGCUUUGGUCAUUGCUUAACUUCUUGUUGCCAGAUGUUUUUGAUGAUUUGAAAAGCUUUGAAUCGUGGUUUGAUAUCACCAGUAUUACAGAAACUGCUGAAGAUAUAAUUGCUAAAGAAAAGGAGCAAAACAUCUUGCAUAUGCUGCAUCAGAUUCUGACACCUUUUCUACUGAGAAGACUGAAAUCUGAUGUUGCUCUUGAGGUUCCUCCUAAACGAGAAGUUGUGGUGUAUGCACCCCUAGCAAAGAAGCAAGAAACGUUCUAUACUGCCAUUGUGAAUCGCACCAUUCGGAAUCUGCUUGGAAAUAAUGAGGAAGAAGUAGUUGAAUUGAGUCCAACAGGCCGACCAAAGCGCCGUAGUCGAAAACUGGUUGAUUAUUGUGAAGAACACAAUGGCUCACCUGAUGACUUGGAAAAGUUGAUCAACAGAACGCAAGAGGAAGUAGUAAAAGAGAGGCCAGUGGUAGAAGUGAGCAUGCCCAUGGAUUCAGAAGUGAACCUUAAACUACAGAAUAUUAUGAUGUUACUGAGGAAAUGCUGUAAUCACCCCUACCUUAUAGAAUACCCAUUGGACCCUGCUACACAACAAUUCAAGGUUGAUGAAGAUCUAGUGAAAAAUUCAGGCAAGUUUCUUCUCUUGGACCGAAUGCUUCCAGAAUUGAAAAAGAGAGGACAUAAGGUCUUGAUGUUCUCACAAAUGACUAUGAUGCUUGACAUUUUGAUGGAUUACUGUUAUUUGAGAGGCUUUAAGUUUAGCCGAUUGGAUGGGUCUAUGUCCUACUCAGAUAGAGAAGAAAAUAUGCAUCAAUUUAAUAAUGACCCUGAAGUAUUCCUGUUCUUAGUGAGUACAAGAGCUGGAGGCCUGGGCAUUAACUUAACUGCAGCAGAUACAGUAAUCAUAUACGAUAGUGACUGGAAUCCUCAGUCAGACUUGCAGGCCCAAGACAGGUGUCACAGAAUUGGCCAGACAAAACCAGUGGUCGUUUAUCGCCUCGUGACAGCAAAUACAAUUGACCAGAAGAUUGUGGAGAGAGCUGCUGCCAAAAGGAAGUUAGAGAAGCUGAUUAUCCAUAAAAAUCAGUUUAAAGGUGGCAAAUCUGGUUUGGCACAAUCAAAGAGUUGCCUGGACCCUCAGGAAUUAAUAGAAUUGCUGAAAUCCAGAGACUAUGAGAGGGAGGUUAAGGGAUCUAAAGAAAAAGUAAUAAGUGAUAAAGAUCUUGAGUUACUCUUGGAUAGAAGCGAUCUUAUUGAUCAAAUGAAAAAUUCUGAAACAAUUAAAAAGGAAAAAAUGGGUGUCUUCAAGGUCCUAGAAGAAUCACCAGGUUCCAAUGCAGAAUGUGUCUUUUAAACGUGCAGGUGGCCUGUAAUCUCAAAGGACAAAUGUGUGACAUCUGUAAGAGACCGAUUUCAGUCAUUACACAUGCUGAUCCUUUACUCUAACUCUUUAUGGCCGUUUUUCAAACCCCUCAGUUCUUUCAGUGAAUUUUAAUGUGUUCUAAGGUGUAACAUUUGAUAGGUUCAUGUUUGUAGCUUUGUUAGCCUAUGAUAAAGAAUUGAGAAGAUGAGCAUUUCACGUUUUCAGUUAGCUUCUGUGUUCAGUGGUAAAAACUGGCCAAGUUGUGUAAAGUCUUCCUGUGGAAGUCCUAAAACACUUUUUUUUAUAUGGUGUUGAAUAUGAUUUUAUUGGGAAGGGAAAGAACAUGUUGCAAAGAACUGUGUAGCUUCUGGUUCUUGUUGGUUUUUGUAAUUUCUGCAAAUUAUUUUGAUAAAUAAAUGUUUGGUUUGUCUUAA